GGGUUUCCCAGGAUCGCUCACGCUUCCAUCGCCGGUGGUCUUGGAGAUGCUGGCAUUAAGUGUUAUUUUGGCCUUGCUGGGUCCCAAAUCAGAAGCAGUAGCGUCCGACCAACCUCCUGCGUUCCAGACUCGUCCGAUAGUCUCCCGCCGCACAAUUGCGCACGGUUCGCCUAAAGCGAGCACUCCUCCGCCCUGCGCGCCCAAUAUACGCAAAACGACUGCAUGGUACAGCGCACGAGACAAUAAGGAUGAGUCAUCUUUGCACCAUGAUGCCAGCCACAGCGACAAAUAUGGAGGCAACGGCAGUCAUGUCACGUCUAGCAGGCGAGCAUUUUUGAACCAUGUGGCUGGAGCAGCAGCAGUGACAACAGCAGCAGCAGGAGGGACGCUGCCGAGCUUUGGCGCGACAGCUCGGGGAGUGGAGGAAGUGAAGAAGGGGAUUGAAGCAGACUUUCUUUCAAGGCGGUACUACGUUACUGGUGAUUUGACUCCGUCUCUCUACCGGCCUGACUGCCUCUUCACCGAUCCUACCACAAGAGUUGAAAGCGUCGAGAGAUACACGGCGGCGGUCAAGCUUCUGUUCGACCCUGACAACGCUCAGGUCGAUCUCCUCUCCUUGGUAAUAAAGGAUGACACCCAUAUUUUCGCGGAGUGGCGACUUCAAGGCUACCUGAAGUUCCCCUGGCACCCAUACGUGAAGCCGUACACCGGAACAACGCUGUACACGCUCGAUUCUAACGGUUUGAUAUCUCUUCAUGAGGAGACGUGGUCUAUCUCAGCGCUGGAAGCAGCUCGGGCAACGAUAACCCCGACAGCGGGGCCACAGGCAGCGAUGGAAUCAUCAUAGACAUCAACAAUCGCGCGGGAAUCGGCCAUCUACCAUGAAGGGCCUCAAAAACAACGUGGCCACGGGGUGGAGGAAGCUGGAGACGGGGGAAUGAAGCGAAGACUCCGUUCUAUUGUUUCGUUCCCGCCCAUCUCAAGGUUCAUUCUGCACAAGAGCUGGGCCAGGCGAUGGGGUGUCGUAACUUGAGCCGGGAGGACAUCUCACAUUUUUGAAGAUUUUGCAUUGUUGUAACAAUCGGUUGCCUGAUCGACCUGCUUUCGUAUCGGUCCAACACUCAAUGUGAUUGUGUCUCCUUUUGGAUGCUGCUCAGUGGGUGUACGCUCUCGUUCUCGCGCAAGCUAACCCAGGUUACGCGAAUGCAUAAAGCUUCUUCAAUGCGAUGCGGACGUCCACAUUGGUAUGUAGGGGGACUGUUUCUUGGCUAGCGCCCCUCGAACUGGUUGGUCAUAUUUGAGUUAGGAAGGACAUACAAGGAGUUAUUUUGCGCUAUUGACUAGAAACGUGACACAGCAUACUCAUUGGCCCACACGGCGGGCACUUGGUGUAUGUCAUCCCUCGCAUAUAUGCCCACCGGGCAGUGGUCUAGAUUACGUUAACUUCUUGGCGUCUGAUGAAGAGAUACAUGGGC